UGAAGUGGAGCCGAUGCAUUCUACAUUCGAGUUUUGGCUGUCUCUGCGCGCUGGUCGUUCCACCACGCUUGCUCGUGUCCCGUUAACCGUCUGCUGUCACUACGCUGUUUUUUUUUUUUGGCUCCCACCUUUUGCGCGCGCGCAACGGCAAUCUUCUUCCAACUGACUGAGAAAAGGAAGCAGAAGACACCCAAAGGAGGAGAAAGGCUGCAAUUGCAGUAGAACGUUCUGUUUGUCCAAAAAAAGUGCAAGUGUUUUUUAUUGAAAACAAGUAACCAAAAAACAAAAAACUUUACUGUCCAAGUGGAAGUAAUAUUCAUUUUUUUUGCAAAUUUUGUUUUGUUCAGUGUUUUAUUUUAAAAAUUAACUAAGCAGAAGCACUAAUUCAAAAACUAUAAACAAAAAUGCAGCAGAAAGUUGAAGAGAAAAUCGAUCCCCUGACACGCAUCCAGGAGGAGAUCAAGGAGGUGGUCCGUCGCGAACAAGAGUACCGCCAGCUGGCCACCCUUUCCUCCGGCGGCACACCCACCACUACCCUGGCCGUCGAAUUCGAGACCUACACGGUCAGCGGAUCAGGAUUUGACGAGCAACAGGAUCCGGAGCAGGAGCAGGAUCAGGAUCAGGAUCAUGAUCAGGGUGUCCUGGUGACAGCACAGCCGGCUGCUGUCCAGACCACCGCCCUGCUGCUGCCCAUCGAUGAGCUCUCCAACACCCCAUCCCUGGCCUCCAGCGUCAACAGCCACAAGGAGGAGAGCCUGGACGGCCAGCACUCGGAUGAUUCGGGGAUCUCCGCCUCCUCGCAGAACAACAACAACAACAACAACAGCAACAGUGCAGGGGGAAAGCAGCCCGUUAAGCUAACCCUGGUGACCCGCCAGGAGCAGCGCUACAUUGGUCCCAACUGCUACAACAUGACGCCGGAGCCGCCGCAGCAGAAGCUCAUCACCCGGACGAUUUCGACGCCCCAGCUGAGUGGGCUGCCCCAGAAGCGGCAGUUCUCGUUCGGUGGCUCCACCAAGGGGGUGAUGCAGCGGUUCAUCGCCUCGCACGGCAAGCUGGGCUCUCCGGGCAGUCCCGGCAGCCUGCCCCUCGCCUCGCCGCUGAUCUCCAACGGAAAGGUCAGUCCCAUCAACCAGAACUCCUCCGGCCUCAAGCUGAACACUCGCACGGCGCUGGCCUUCCUGGAGAACGGCAACCAGACGCCGGGCGCCAUGCCGACCGUCACCCUGUCGCCGGCGGCCAUUGAACGGGACUCCGAGGGAAGGCCACUGCGACGGGGCUAUGUCCCCGUGGAGCAGAAGAUCCAGCGGGAGCUGCAGGACCUCAAGUCGCGCGAAUCGGAGCUGAAGCGGCAGCGCAAGAUCAACAGGCAGAACACCCUGAAGGCCUCACUGGACAAGCUGCAACUCAGCACAGACGACGAGGCCGAUGUGGACGACGACGACGACGAGGACUCGGAGGUGGAGCACUGCUAUGGUCCUGGGAAGCUGCGCAAUGCCCAGUCCACUCAGGAGCUGGACAGGAAUGGAAACGAGCCAGAGAUCAUCCACAAGCCAUCGGGUAAUCGCAGCCUGAAUGCCACUGCGUACCUGGCCAACGGCAAUGGCUCCUCGAAUGGCAACGGCAUGCGUCCGGCGAUGUCCUUGGCGCAGCUGUGCGACCUGACGCCCGAGGAGGCGCCAUCCUCCCGGGGACUGAUCGCCCAGUGGGAGAACCUGAUCAAGAAGAACGCCGAGGGCGGAGCGGCCGUCGAAGCGGUCAUUUAGAUUAUCAAGAUCAAUAACAGUAUCUGGAUCGGAAUAGGAAUCGGGAUCAGUAUAAUCCGUGGCCACCAAGCGAUCGGGUGCA